AUGGCACCCAGUGCCCUCUCCCUGGAAAUCCUAACGCCCAAAGAGAAGAACAGACUCAGGAAACCCAUUGUAGAGAAACUGCGCCGCGACCGCAUCAACAGCAGCAUCGAGCAGCUGAAGCUGCUCCUGGAGAAGGAAUUCCAGAGGCACCAGCCCAACUCCAAGCUGGAGAAAGCCGACAUCCUGGAGAUGACCGUGAGCUACCUGAAAUACAGCCGAGCUUUUGCAGCGUCUGCCAAGAGCCUACGGCAGGAUUUCUGCGAAGGGUACGCCUGGUGCCUCAAGGAAGCUCUGCAAUUCCUGUCUCUCCAUUCAGCAAACACAGAGACACGGAUGAAGCUCAUCUGCCACUUCCAGAGGUCACAGGCAGCACCCACGGACUCUGGUCCUUCUUCUGCACCCAGCUCCACACAGCAGCCCUCUGCAAAACAAGCAGUGCUGAAACCCCCCUGCAGCCUCUGGAGGCCUUGGUAG